AUGUUGAAGACACCUCGCAAACAAGCGGUUAGUUUGCUAAAAGUUCAUGAUGAAAUUAAAACAUUGACAAACGAAAAUAUGAUACUACAACCAAUUAAGAAAGAACGAAACAACAAACAAAUUGAAUCGAAUCUGUCUGGUGAAAUUCGUCGAAGUUCGAGAGUACGAAAACUGUAUCCAGAAAUGCCUUCAUAUACUAUAGAUGCUGAUACACCCGAAAAACCGAAACAACAACGUCGAAGAAUGAUAAAAUCGACAAAAGAUCCAGAUGGUGAUAAUUCAGCAACGUUUCGUCUGUGGUUUCCAAGAACGAAUGAUGAUGAGCGACGUCAUGGAAUAGAAACAAGAAAUAAAGGUCAUAAAGUUGUUUUGUAUAAUCCAAAGACAAAGUGGAAUGGAGACGAUAAGGAAAUGACUGAUAAGAAAACUAUUGAUGCCAAUUAG